GUUGAGGGGCAGAGAGGAAAGAAUUUCUCCCGAUCCCGCCAUACUUCUACCACUAUUCCACCAUAACCACCAUCAGAUUCAUUCAAAUUGAUACCAUUUCUACACUGCGAGAAAUUCGCCUGGGUUGGCUACAGUCAAGGUUUCUCCACCUCUCCACUGGACUUUAUCAGACUACAGCAUUAGUCCACUAUUAGCCGAACUUUUCUCAUUUUUUGCUUUUGGAUAUUGUUUUGAAUUCUAAAAUUACGUUUGUACUUACAGCUCAUUACCGUCUACAAGUGCUUUUUAUAGUGCAGCCGCCUUAUAGCCUAUCAUUUCUUGUGAUAUCAUUUAGAGCGUUUCGAUCAAGUUUUUUUGUUUGUUUGUUUUGAUUUCUUAAUUUCACUGGAGAGCCUCAUAUUGUCAUCAUGAACAAGCUUUAUAUUGGAAAUCUGAAUGAAAACGUGACUGCAGAGGACUUGGUCAAAACCUUUGAUGACUACAAGAUUCCAUACUCUGGACAGUUUCUCAUGAAAACUGGCUAUGCGUUUGUUGAUUGUCCGGACGACCAAUGGGCUAUGAAAGCCAUUGAAACAUUUUCUGGUAAAGUGGAACUCCACGGCAAACGCAUUGAGGUCGAGCAUUCUGUCCCCAAGAAGCAAAGGACCAGGAAACUCCAAAUCCGCAACAUUCCACCACACUUACAGUGGGAGGUGCUGGAUGGUCUGCUGGCUCAGUACGGAACCGUGGAGAACUGUGAACAAGUGAACACAGAAAGUGAGACUGCUGUGGUAAACGUCACAUAUGCAACUCGGGAACAGGCCAGACAAGCCAUUCAGAAGCUGAACGGAUACCAGUUUGAGAACAAUGCCCUUCGCGUCUCCUACAUCCCAGACGAGAACUCCGAAGUUGAUGGACAGCGUGGCCCUGACAACGGCCGGCGUUCCGGGUACGGCUCCAGGGGUGGGCCCCGCGGGGGUUCCCCAGGGUCGGGCAUGCCCAUCAAGCACCAGCACACGGACAUCCCCCUGCGCCUGCUGGUGCCCACCCAGUAUGUGGGCGCCAUCAUCGGGAAAGAGGGCGCCACCAUCCGCAACAUCACCAAGCAGACGCAGAGCAAAAUUGAUGUCCACCGUAAGGAGAACGCCGGCGCGGCGGAGAAGCCCAUCAGCAUCCACUCCACCCCGGAGGGCUGCUCAUCCGCCUGCCGCAUGAUCCUGGACAUCAUGCAGAAGGAGGCGCAGGACACCAAGACUGCCGACGAGGUGCCUUUGAAGAUCCUGGCCCAUAAUAACUUUGUGGGUCGUCUGAUCGGUAAGGAGGGUCGCAAUCUGAAGAAGGUGGAGCAGGACACGGACACCAAGAUCACCAUCUCCCCGCUGCAGGACCUGACUCUGUACAACCCCGAGAGGACCAUCACAGUGAAGGGCGCCAUUGAGGCCUGCUGUUUGGCCGAGCAGGAGAUCAUGAAGAAAGUGCGCGAAGCCUACGACAAUGACAUCGCCGCAAUGAACCAACAGACUCAUCUGAUUCCAGGGCUGAACCUUGGCGCUCUCGGGCUCUUUCCUCCCUCCUCGGCCAUGGCCCCUCCUCCUCCUGGAAACCCAGCUGCCGGCGCCCCCUAUGGAUCGUUCGGGGCUCCAGAGCAGGAGACUGUCCACGUGUACAUCCCAGCCCAGGCAGUGGGUGCCAUAAUCGGGAAGAAAGGCCAGCACAUCAAGCAGCUCAGUCGCUUCGCUGGAGCCUCCAUCAAAAUCGCACCAGCAGAGACACCCGACUCCAAGAUGCGUAUGGUCAUCGUGACUGGACCACCUGAGGCUCAGUUCAAGGCCCAGGGCCGGAUCUACGGCAAGCUGAAGGAGGAGAACUUCUUCGGCCCCAAGGAGGAGGUCAAACUCGAGACGCACAUCAAGGUCGCGGCCGCUGCCGCAGGCAGGGUCAUCGGGAAGGGUGGAAAGACGGUAAAUGAGCUCCAGAACCUGACUGCUGCCGAGGUGGUGGUCCCCCGAGAACAGACCCCCGACGAACAGGACCAGGUCAUCGUCAAGAUCAUUGGCCACUUCUACGCAAGCCAGCUGGCACAGAGAAAGAUCAGGGACAUUUUGACGCAGGUGAAACAGCAGCAGAAGCCCCAUCAACAGAUGCCCGAGCAGGGCCAAGCACAGCAGGACGCAACCCGGAGGAAGUGAGCGCCCGGCCACUUCUCAACGCCUCGGCCGACUUGUCCCCCGACCCCCCACCUCGGCGGGAAGGGCGGCAGUGCGGAGGGGGCAGAGGUUUGGACUGAUGGACAGAUACUGACAGAUGAACGGACAGACACACGGACGAGACUUAAGACCAGAAGAACGAAGAGCGUGCAAACGGACGGACGGAUGGACGGACCCGAGAUAGCGACACACAGACCCAGCGGCAGACAGGGAGAGGAGCAUCAAACGAAUAGAGGGACGAAGCCUGAGAGAGAAGACAAAGUUUAGAAGACAGAUACAUAAAAGAGAAUAGAGAAUACAAAGUGAGAGAAAGGAAAAAAAAGAAAUAACCAGAGAAAAAAAAACAGAGACCAGAUGCCAGACCAGAAUUAAUGACCGGUGAUGGCAGGGCCUUGUGGUAAAAGGGAGUAAGGUCGCCCUCUGGUGGAUGCUCUUAGAAUUGCAGCUCACCAAGCCAGGGAGCUGAUGCAUAGUAACGCUGCCCAGUUGUACAGCAGACCGGACGUCAGAUUUGCCUUAAGUUGUAAUACGAAAUACAAGGAGUGGGGCUUAGGAUGCUGCACCAGGGUCUGCUGUUAGAGGCAACAUCCGCCUGCACUUGGGAUCAGCCAAGAGGUCUUUCUACUAACCAACCUCCCCUUUUUUGAGUCCUCGCCAUCUCUGGUCAUUUUGAUAUUUUAAGGGUGUUUUUUUAAAAGAAAAAUAGAGCUAUAUGUAUAGAAAUGUUUAUUCAGAGGUAUUAUAAAAGAAAAUGCAGUGCAGCCAAGUCGGGAGAAAAGGGGGCAGUGGCGGAAGUCUUUGCAAAUGGCGGGUGUGGUGCCACCAGUCAGGUGACCCUGUACCCGACCAAUUAAACGAGUGUCGAGGGGCUGCAGUUGUUGACACUGCUCUUUAAAUCCCCCACAUAGGAGAGGUUGUGGGGGUUGAAGAUUUUGGAAAAAAGCAAAGAGAAGAAAAUAAAGAGGUUGUAAAUAUAAUCUUCAUAAAUGUUUAUUAAAAUACUGUGAGUGGCCGACCGCAACAGGCCGGGCACCAGGACCCAGUUGAGGUACAGCAGGAGUUCGGGGAGUGCCCCAGAGUUGCUGGACGGUCACCGCGGUGAGAGAACAGUUAGUGCGCGGGUCGAAGCUGACUCUGCAGUUCUAUUGUAGAGCACCAGCUCAAAGAUGCAGCCUAUAAUGCCACGUGUGAAAAAUUAACAAAAAUAAAAAAAAACCUAACGUUUGGCCGAAAAGCAGCCAGCGAUGCUCGUUGGCAGAUGACCCGCGCCCAAAUGGCAUAUUUUAUAUAUAUUAUAUAUAUAUGAUAUGUGAGUUAACCCAGCCCCUCAGAGAAAGUACAGAUAGGGAGAGGGAGGGCAGAGGAGAGGAAUGUCGGGUGUAAUUCAGUACAAGGACGUGGUCAUCGUAUCGCUGCUUGUGAUGUAAGUGUGGCCUCUCCUUGGUUCAUUUUUUUUGUGAGGAAUUGUUUUUUUAAUUCAGUCUUUACCCUCAAAGGCCUCCAUGUGCAACUUUGUUAAAUGUAAGGUAUUAAAUGUAAUCAUAAUAAGUAAAAUUUGAAUAGUUCUGAGUCACAUGCAGAGGUCUUUGUGGGACAGGAGAGGCCUAAUAAGUGGCUCUAGGAUGACCAUGGUGUGUCCAAACCCGACAUGUUCUCCCCGAGCCCUCACUCCAACCUUUAAGGUCAAAGGUCACAAGCAGGCAAGGUCGUUGGCUACGCCACUGCCACUCUUUUCUCCCACUUGGCUCCGAGUCUGCCGGAGAGGGCACCAGAGGUCUGGGCGCGCUCUCCCUUACUAGAACAGAUUAGAGAAAAGAUGAAAUUAAGAAAAAGAAAAACCUACCUCAGGGUAUUGUUACCUCAGUAUUCCUAAUUUUCUUUUCCUUUUUUUUUUUUUUUUUUAGCUUGCUGGUGUUUUAUAUAAAAGCUGAUGGUCCUGAAUAUUUUAUUUUUUUAAGGAAGAAGUAAUUUGUUUAGUUUUUUUGUCUUGUUUUGGUAUUUUUUCUGUUUUUUUUUCUUCUUUAUAUGUGUGCAUGUGUCUAUUUGUGUGAGCUGUGUUUUUUUUUUUUUUUUAUAUGGAUUUCAGAUUGAACCAGAGGUGACCCUGAAAGUUUGUAGUGGGUGGUUCUCGAGUGCUUUGUUUUUUUCCAUUGUGGUGGCAGUUGUUAGGGUCAACCUCUGGGACUUGCCUGAAGCAAGCUUUGAGCUAAUCUUGAAAUCACACUUUUGGCCAAUGAGAAGUGGCUUCUCCAUGAAAUGGAGAACACUUGGUCACAACUGACAAUGUCACCUCCAGUGUGGGUCUUGCCAGUAUUUUGACCCAGUCAAAAUAUGUGUAUUUAUGACUUUUUGUGUUCUUUUUAAAACUCUGGUCAUUCAAGUGUCUCCUUACCUGCACUACAGGGGAACGGUCGCUUGAUGGCAGAAUGCUGACACUGUGGAAUGCUGAAAAACGUAACAGGUGGCGUUGUAUGAUGCCUGUUUCCACAGCAACCCUCCAUGAGGUGACGUUUUCUGUUGUACACAGAGGGCUGAGGUGGACUGUAUAAAGCCUGUGCUGUCCUCUGCACUGUGCAGUGCAACUUAGUGAAGUGGCGAGCGCCUUAAAAAAAACCCAACGUGCACAAGUAAUAAACACAUAAUAAUGAACAUAUUUACACAGAGAGAGACACACGCACACACACAUAAACACACACUAAGAAUGUGAAUAAUUAUUACCUUACAGCGCUGGUGUAACUGCAGUCCCCCUCAUUGCCUUGAGUGUAUCUGAGUGUGUGUGUGUGUGUGCGCGUGCAAGAGUGACUGACAAUAUGUGUCUUUAAGUUGGG